CUCGCAUCUCAGUUCCGGGUAGGAUUUAUUUUUCUGUAACACUCUAAUAUGGCUGUCAAACCGGUGGGUUUCUGUGUUUAGCAGUCACUUAGAUGUAAUGUGAUGUCGGAUAAGCGCCAACGUGCCAGAGUCCAGGGCUCCUGGGCCAAACCGCUGCCAAAACACUCGGGUACAACAGGUGCUAUCCCAAACAACAACCCGUCUAACAAUGCCAACGCAGCCUCUGGUUCUUGGGGAUGUGGUCCCCAGAAAACAACUAAGACUUUUGAAUUUCACCAACCAACCAAGCCGACCAGAGAAGUUCCACCAGAGAAGGUGAUAGAGCAGGCGGGUGAUUAUGAGAUCAGUCAUGGGCCAUCAGGAGUGUCCAGACUGCGGCUUCUGCCUGGCUUUCUCCCACCAGAAGAGGCUGACUGGAUGUUCAGCAAACUGCUAGCAGAGCUCCCCUGGUCCCAGAAGAGUAACUACAGACAGGGUGAGGCGUACCAGGAGCCCAGGCUCACCUGUUGGUAUGGAGAGUUGCCCUAUACGUACGCUCGCUCCACCAUGGCUGCCAACACACAGUGGCAUCCAUUGCUGGCAACCCUUCGGGAGACAGUGAGUCAAGCGAGCGGACUCAGCUUCAACUCGCUGCUGUGUAACUUGUAUCGCGAUGGCCACGACAGCAUCGGCUGGCACAGCGAUGACGAGGCCUCCCUCGGGACCAAGCCCACCAUUGCCUCCAUCAGUCUGGGUGACACCAGAGUGUUCAGCCUUCGAAAGCAGCCUCCACCGGAGGAAAUUGGUGACUACACUUACGUGGAGCGCAUUCGGGUUCCUCUGAAUCAUGGCACACUCCUGCUGAUGGAAGGAGCCACACAGGACGACUGGCAGCAUCAAGUGGCUAAAGAAUACCAUGACAGGGGCCCACGCAUCAACUUGACCUUCAGGACAAUCUACCCAGAGCCAGAGGGCCACAGGCCGGGUACCAAGAUGCGAUUUACAGCCAAGAACCUGUAAAGUCCUCUCACAGUGAGGAACUUAAGGUGGAGAAAAUGAAGGACUUUCUUUUCAUAAUCUGAGAUGUGGACAGUGUGAAUGGUGAUACUGUGAAAAGCAUGGCUAAGUAGAGCGGACAACAUUGUGCUUCGCACUGAGCUUGUAACCAAUAUCAGCUGUUGAAACAAGACAGGAAGCACAUUAAAGUCACGGACGACAAACUGAAUAACAGCUGCCUCACACUGAAACAGGAACGUUUGCCGUUCCACCGGAAUUCGUCGACUCAUUAUUUCACUAUAAUGGUACACUAAUGAUUAUAUCAUAACCGUGUUCUCAGAGAGGCUAAGCAGAAGAAUGGGUCCGGCUGUGGUCAGGCUGAUUUUAUUUAUUUAUUCAGUCUACAGUAACACAACUUGAAAAAGUUUUCUGUCAGUCUGUUUGUGCCUGAGAGCUCAGAGUUCUCAGUGAUGCUAAAUCAAACUCCAGUUUCAGAAACCUGGUUGGGAUAUCAGCAGUGAUACUUUUUUGUUUGCAUUGGUACGCUCCCAUAAUAACGGCCGUUUGUUAGAUAUUAAAUCCAAGACAACAUGCAUGUUCCUAUUAUGAAUAUUGCCUUGGUGAGUUUCUUUUAUUUUGAUUAACUGUUUAGGAAGUAUACACAUAUAACUAAUUACACUAAAUAGUUUCUUUAUUAAAAUCAGUGAGAUACAAAGUACUGAACUCAGUUCCACAAUGUCUUUUGUUAAAAUGUUGUAAAAUGGAAAUGAUAUUUGGUCUCGUUUAACUUGGAAGUAUUUUAGGAGGAUGCAGUUACUGUAAAAAGUGAAGGAGCAGAGUGGCUGCUCUACUCGUCUCUUGAAGAGUUCACUUUAGUCUCUAAAUGGAACCUGAAUGUAGGACAUUACAUUGUAUGUUGUAGUUUGGGAUGCAAGUUCUCCAUGUUUCUGGGCUGUUUAUUGAUAAUAUCAGAGCCUGCUGCCCUUUCAAAAUGAGCACCAGAUCUAAAACUUUGAUCAGUACUAUUCUUUGGAAAACAAAUAAAUGGAGAGAAUUUG